AGGGGGUUUCCGUGGUUACCGUAAACAAGGCCCGGACCAGAGGGCUAGCUGCUGAGCCGCCGUCCCAGCCGCCGGCAUGAUUCCCCCUGCUGACUCUCUGCUCAAGUAUGACACCCCGGUGUUGGUGAGCCGGAACACUGAGAAACGGAGCCCCAAAGCUCGGCCUCUGAAAGUCAGCCCCCAGCAGCCUGGACCCUCAGGUCCAGUCCCACAGCCGCCCAAAGCCAAGCUCCCCUCAACUUCCUGUAUCCCAGAUCCUACAAAGCAGGCAGAAGAAAUCUUGAAUGCCAUCCUGCCCCCAAGGGAGUGGGUGGAGGACACGCAGCUAUGGAUCCAGCAGGUGUCCAGCACCCCCAGCACCAGGAUGGACGUGGUGCACCUCCAGGAGCAGCUGGACCUGAAGCUGCAGCAGCGGCAAGCCAGGGAGACGGGCAUCUGCCCUGUCCGCAGGGAGCUCUACUCACAGUGUUUUGAUGAGCUGAUCCGGGAGGUGACCAUCAACUGUGCAGAGAGGGGGCUGCUGCUACUGCGAGUCCGGGACGAGAUUCGCAUGACCAUCGCUGCCUACCAGACCUUGUACGAGAGCAGCGUGGCGUUUGGCAUGAGGAAGGCGCUGCAGGCUGAGCAGGGGAAGUCAGACAUGGAGAAGAAAAUUGCAGAACUGGAAACGGAAAAGAGAGACUUGGAGAGGCAAGUGAACGAGCAAAAGGCAAAAUGCGAGGCCACUGAGAAGCGGGAGACCGAGCGGCGACAGGUGGAGGAGAAGAAGCACAAUGAGGAGAUUCAGUUCCUGAAGCGGACAAAUCAGCAGCUGAAGGCCCAACUGGAAGGCAUUAUUGCACCAAAGAAGUGAUAAUUUCCAUAUGGGUCUCAGCGAACACUACCACCCCAUCACAAGCCCUUUGUAAUAAAAAGCUAGUUUCCUGAGUGAACAAGCCAUCCCCUCCCCUGACCACCACCUACACAUUUGUCAGAAGUCACACUAUUGCCCCAGUGUCAUGGGACACCUACAGUCUGGCAACCAGGCUCCUGGUUAGGCAAGAGGGUGGCGUGACCCUGAUAGUCUCGGUAUGCAACUUGUGGGCCAACCAGGAGAUUCGCCAACUCAAAUAGUAAGACUGAGAAGGAACUGCUUUCCCAUCUCAUCCACCAUCCAUCUGUGGCCAAAGGAAGCUACUCCUGUCUCUCAAAUGUCUGGUUCACAGGUUCCCUUGUAUCCUAACUGGGGCUUCUCUGGCCUCGGUCAUUCCAUUUUCAUUCCUAACCAAUGCAGUUUUGGUAACUCAUUUUGGAGCUUUGUUUUUCUGCUGUAUGGUCUCAUCCCCACCCACCACAUCAACUGGAUCUCUUCCUUAGUCUAAGAGUUCAGGGAACAGCGGCAGCAGCAGACCCAGGCAGCGGAGGAAGUAAAUGUUUGCUGGAAAGGAAUCCAAGUCCCAGUGUCCUUUGUGAGCUGUGCACACUUCAGCUCCUCCCUCCCAUAGACAUCGUUCACCUUAUUCUGCAGAAAAAUUGAACUCUAACUCCACAUCCCCAUAGUUACCUGUUUAAACAACUGGAGAGGUAACCGUC